GCAGCGCGGGGAUGGCCGUGGCGGUGGAGAGACCCGCGAAUGACGAGCUUCGAAACCUGUCCCUCUCCGGUCAUGUGGGCUUUGACAGUCUUCCAGAUCAGCUGGUCAACAAAUCAACCUCUCAAGGGUUCUGCUUCAACAUUCUUUGUGUUGGUGAAACUGGCAUUGGCAAGUCAACCUUAAUGGACACUCUGUUUAACACAAAGUUUGAAAGUGACCCAGCCACCCACAAUGAGCCCGGUGUGAGGUUGAAAGCAAGAAGCUAUGAACUCCAGGAGAGCAACGUCCGUCUGAAGCUGACCAUUGUUGACACAGUUGGAUUUGGAGAUCAGAUUAAUAAAGAUGACAGCUAUAAGCCCAUAGUCGAAUAUAUCGACACUCAGUUUGAAGCCUAUCUACAGGAGGAGCUGAAGAUCAAGCGUUCCCUGUAUAAUUACCAUGACACAAGGAUUCACGCCUGCCUGUAUUUCAUCGCACCGACGGGACACUCGCUGAAGUCUCUAGACCUGGUCACCAUGAAGAAGCUCGACAGUAAGGUUAACAUUAUCCCUAUAAUAGCCAAAGCUGAUACGAUUGCAAAAAACGAGUUGCAUAAAUUCAAGAGUAAAAUCAUGAGCGAGUUGGUCAGCAAUGGUGUCCAGAUCUAUCAGUUCCCAACAGAUGAAGAGACAGUGGCUGAGAUAAAUGCUACAAUGAGUGUCCAUCUUCCAUUUGCUGUUGUUGGCAGCACUGAAGAAGUGAAGAUUGGCAAUAAGAUGAGCAAGGCCAGGCAGUAUCCAUGGGGGGUUGUGCAGGUUGAAAAUGAAAACCAUUGUGACUUUGUGAAGCUGCGUGAGAUGCUGAUCCGAGUGAACAUGGAGGACUUGAGAGAGCAGACGCACACCCGGCACUAUGAAUUGUACAGGCGCUGUAAGCUAGAAGAAAUGGGAUUCAAAGACACUGACCCUGAUAGUAAACCAUUCAGUCUCCAGGAGACCUAUGAAGCGAAGAGAAAUGAAUUCCUGGGUGAGCUGCAGAAGAAGGAGGAAGAAAUGAGACAGAUGUUCGUCAUGAGAGUGAAGGAGAAAGAAGCGGAGUUGAAAGAAGCGGAGAAAGAUCUCCAUGAAAAGUUUGACCAUCUCAAGCGGACACACCAAGAAGAGAAGAAAAAAGUGGACGACAAAAAGAAGGAGCUUGAGGAAGAGCUGAGCAACUUCCAGAAGAAGAAGGCAGCCGCUCAGCUGCUACAGUCACAGGCUCAACAGGCUGGUUCCCAACAAACCAAGAAAGACAAGGACAAGAAAAAUAGUCCCUGGCCCUGCACGGAAUAAGUGAUCCCCUCAAAUCUAGUUGGAUGUGCUUUCUUUCACCUUUGCAUGUAAGUACAGCAGCAAGAGACCUCUCUGCCCACUUUGGAAAUGAAUGAAAGUUGACUUUUCUAUAAGUGGCAAUGCUGAGGGUUCUUUAAAAACUUUUAUUAAACAAUAACCAUCUUCAGCUGGGAUUUCCAAAGGGAGUUAGGCACCAGCUCCUAUUGGCUAUUAGGGACCCCAACUCAUUUGAAAAUUCCAGCUUAAGGUAGCAUUAGCUUUUUCAUGACAGCUACAUAACCCUAACUCUUGCUUGUGAGGAUCUGCAAAGGGUAGGAUGUUUAAACAACAAUGACUAGUCACUGAUAAUGCUGCAUUUCCCGGAGGUGCUGGGAUGUCCCUUUUUAGGAUGUUCUAAAUGAGCAGGAAGAAACAACGGAGAGUGUAGAUCUGCGCAUUAAAGCACUCCCUGGAUGUGGAAUAAAACCCAUAGGCAAAGUCUGAAUGACACACUGGCCACCCGGGGACGACUGAUACUUGUUCCAAAAUGCACUGCUGAGAGUAUUGGGGGUUGACUUUCAAAAGCACAGAUUAGGCACCUUAUUUCUACUGACUUGACAUCUCCUUGGUUAUAAAGGGGUCAUUGUUCAAGAGUGCUCAAUAUUGGCCUCACUGCUCCUCUUUAAAUCCAUGGGGAAACUCCCCUUGAAGUUUGGAGGAGCAGAGUUAGGCCAACACUGAGGGCUCUGGAAAAAUCCCACUCUGUGUAUAAUAUUUUAUAUAAGAAUGAGGUAAAUAGUGUGCCCUUUCUUACCCUGGGCCUUGUGACUGUGGUUAUCCUCAGUGGUAACUAUGGCUACCUGAGUACUUCCAAUAAUCCAUGUCAUCUUUCAGUAUAGAGUGACACGUCAUUUUUGUGGCUGAUGGGAAAGGGGGAAUUACAAGGUAUUCCACUCAGUGGCAGCUCCAGGCCAGAAUCUGAAACAGCUAGUAAAAACUGGCCAUGGUUCUGAUCUGCAGAAUGCAUCCACUCAGCUGCCAAGCCAGACUCUGUGUUCCUAGCUAUGGGCUACUGGGAGUUUUCUUAAAUACAAGAUCACUUACCCUUUUGCUGCCUUGUAUAUGUUACCUGCUUAUAACCCUGUCAAGAAGACUUUUGUAUUUGUGUCUUUUAAAAAAAAACAAAAACAAAAAAAACCCCUUAUUUUAUUUAACACAAUCAAGGGUUUGUUUGUUUGUUUUCAAGUAGUUCUCGUUCUACUUUUAAACUGUUGUGAUGAAAAACAGCAGUGUCUUGUGUGUUAUCAGAUCUAUCCAUUUGAAUCAUGUUGUGAUUUGCCAUUCUCAAGCUGUUAGAAACAGCUUAUUCCUGUCACAUCCUUUCUCCAAGGAGCCCAACUGCAUUUACAGUAUAGAUCAUCGAGGAGGCCCUAAGGGCCAGGGUGUGACAGCAUGGGAUUAUACAAAUAUGAAGGGUGUUUUUUUAAACUAACUGAAAAUAAAGCUGUGAACAGCAGUAGGAAUAUUUUGUGUACUUGUUUUUAAAUAUAUGCUGAUGGCCUUUAAACUAGAGGUGUAGAACAUUAUUACCUUGCUCUUUGAAAAUAACCCAUGUUUUUGUCCAAAUGACUGUAUACCUCCAGCCAGUGUUAAUGCAGAAGUAUAUAUGUAUGACUCUUAGAUGUCUUAUUGAUGUCAAAAUAUUUCAUUUCUGAAGUUCAAAAUGAAUCAUAGCCUUCCGCCACAGUUCAGUUCCUUUUUUUUGUAUGUGCUCUGGGGUGCACAUGUGAAUCGUGCCAACACACAAAGUGGGAAAGGGGAAAUAUAUUU